AUGGGCGACAAAACUGUAACCCUUUCUUCUUCACAACAGUCCCUGGAUCUUAACACCCUGCGAAGUCGAAUCAAUGAACUGAGAGAUGUUCAUAGAAGUUGCGAUGAAGUUUCUGAAACCAGCCCUUCGGAUUCUGAGGAAUUAAUGAAGGAUUGUGCUCUUGAGCUUCAGAGGAAAAUAACUCAACUUCUGUCGGAGGUUUCUGAUGUCGACUCACUAACAGUUGAAGAUUUAGAUGAAUAUUUGGAGCAUUUAAAAGGGGAGCUUAGCUCAGUGGAGACUGAAAAUGCUACCAUCUCAGAUGAAAUUCAGGAUCUUUCGAGGAGAUAUGUGGAAGACUCCAACCGUUUGGGGAGUGAUCUCGAAGGAUUGAAUUGUCAUUUGGAUUUUAUUACAGCACAGGACUUGCCCAGAAUCAAGAUCAGUAGUACAUUGGGAGGAAGAAAUACAAACCAAAAAGGGCAAGUAAAAAAUGAUACUCAUUAUGCAGAUCUUGUGGGAUAG